CAGACAAGACAAUAUAAGACGGGUUGCUUUUGUAUGUUAUAUUUUUAAUUUAUUAUCAACCGGAGCGUGAUUCGGUUCGACGAUUUGGUAAAUUUAAAUUGAAGUCGUCUAAUAAUCAGUUAAGUUCAUUAUCAAAAUGAGUUUAGUGGCUAAUACCGGGAAGUUGGCUGGUCGUACGCUGUUCGUAACAGGUGCCUCCCGCGGUAUAGGGAAGGCUAUAGCGCUGAAGGCGGCAAAGGAUGGUGCUAACGUUGUUAUUGCGGCGAAAACUGCGGACCCACACCCUAAGCUUCCGGGUACAAUUUACACAGCCGCCGAGGAAAUUGAAGCCGUGGGUGGCAAGGCUCUCCCCUGCAUUGUAGAUGUACGAGAUGAGAAACAAGUCCAGAAAGCUAUUGAUGAAGCUAUUAAGAAGUUCAAUGGUAUUGACAUUUUGGUGAACAAUGCGUCGGCUAUCUCUCUGACGGGCACCGCACAGACUGACAUGAAGAGAUAUGACCUCAUGCACAACAUCAACACAAGGGGCACCUUCCUAGUGUCAAAGCUCUGCCUGCCGCACCUGCAGAACAGCAACCAUGCACACAUCCUCAACCUAUCUCCCCCCCUCAACAUGAACCCUUACUGGUUCUCUGUGCACGUGGCGUACACGAUGGCGAAAUACGGCAUGUCAAUGUGCGUGCUCGGCAUGAGCGAAGAGUUCAAGCACCUCAACAUCGGGGUCAACGCACUGUGGCCCAAGACUGCGAUCGCGACGGCUGCUAUCGAAAUGCUGACUGGUAACACCUCGACCAGCCGCAAGGUGGAUAUCGUGUCCGACGCUGCAUACGUCAUGCUUUGCAGAGAUCCCAAGUCGUACACAGGCAACUUCGCGAUCGAUGAAGACAUAGUCAUGCAGGCUGGCGUGAAGGACCUCGUGCCCUACGCCUGCGAUCCCAAGAACGCAGAUAACCUCGUCCUGGACGGUUUCCUUGACGACCCCGUGGUGCCGAACAGGCGUACCCUAACAACCAUUGCUAUGAACGCUCGCCGGUACCACACCUCAGCUGUCAACUUCAAAGAGGACAAGGACGCGGGCGCAGGAGGUCAGAUCCCCGCUCUGUUCGCGUCUAUCGGCAAGGUGCUCUCGCCUGAACUUGUCAAGAAGACGCAGGCCGUCUUCCAGUUCAACGUUAAAGGUAAAGAAGAGGGUGUAUGGCACUUGGACCUGAAGAACGGGGAGGGGUCGUGCGGGCAGGGCGAGCCCAAGAACCCGCCAGACGCGACGCUCACCAUGGACAGCAAGAACUUUGCUGACAUGUUCGCUGGUAAGCUGAAGCCCGCCACAGCCUUCAUGAUGGGUAAGGUCAAGAUCUCCGGAGACCUGCAGAAGGCGAUGAAAUUGGAGAAGAUGAUGAAGUCACUCAAAGAAAAGAUGUAAAUAUAUACAUUAUAUAACAGAUCCUAGGAAACGGUGAAGAUAUUUUUGUACCGAGUGCAAUACAACCAUGCUAAGUGAACAUUUAUACAAACAUGACAUAUUAUCAAAAAAGAGAUGGAAUUAGCCAUCAUAACAAGUUUAGUUUUUAGCACCGGCAACAUUUGUUUCAGCCUUAUUUAUCUAUUGGCCAGCAAAAAUAUUCUAAUCUAAAUCCAUUGUGAUUUGUGAUGUACAUUAUACUGAAUUACGACAUACAGUGUUGCCAAUUUCUACUUUUUUGUCAAACAAAUACGCGCAGCUGUUAUUAUUCUAAAUGUAGUAAAAAUGUUAUUUUUAUAAAAUAUUCAACUAUAUUUUUCUGUAUAUCAUGGUUGCAUUUUUAGAUAUCUUUUUCUGAUUUGCAAAGACGAAAUUAUGUGAGUUUCGUUAAGUGUUGUAUCCGAGUUUUUUUUAAAUAAUGGAUGUCGUUGAAAGUAUUUAUUUUGUUUUUAAAAUAAAUUAUAUUUUGUUAUUGCUCGUGCAAACGCAAAUGUUCACUCUUAAAGUUAUCAAGUUUGAGAGAAUGUAAUGUAUAACAUGUUUAGUUGGUAGAGGAAGACUACCUACCCACUUACACCUCUGCCUUAUCCUUCGGGGAUAUGAGCGUGAUGCUAUGUUGUGAGGAACAAUACGAACUGUUCCAUAGACUGAACUACUUACAUAAGUUGUUGCUCAAAACACUACUCGCCAAUAUCAAAAAUAAUUUGUAAAAAGAAAUUAAUACGUUAAAAUACAAUAUUUUUAGUACAGGGGGGUUAAAUUGCCACAUCGAAGCAAAUCAUCUAAUAAAGCAAUAUUGCAGUUUGACAUUUGCGCAUAUAAAAGUAAGUGCGCAGUGCAAACAAAUGUCAAAUAGAAUUAUUGGUUUUUUAAAAUGAAUUGCUUUGAUGUGGCCUUUUUAAUCCCCCAGUACAAUGUAUUUGUGCCUUAUCUUACUGCCAAAGUAAACCUUUCCUAUAAAUAUCAGAUCACACUAGUAUUAAACAGCAUAAGUAAAAUAUAGGAAUCACAUUAUGUAUGAAAAAUAAUUAUAUUGACUAUGCAAUUAGCUUGUAAAUAAAAUUCAUUUUUUUAA